AUGAAGGCAUUGCAGGAAUUAGUUCCAAGCAUUAACAAGACGGACAGAGCAGCGAUGCUUGAUGAAAUUGUGGAUUAUGUGAAGUUCCUAAGGCUCCAGGUUAAGGUCCUGAGCAUGAGUAGACUGGGGGGAGCUGGUGCAGUUGCACAACUUGUGGCUGAUGUUCCCCUUUCUGCAGUGGAGCAGGGGGAGGACAUAGAAGGUGGAGCCAAUGAGCAAGCCUGGGACAAGUGGUCCAAUGACGGUACAGAACAACAAGUUGCUAAACUUAUGGAAGAAGAUGUGGGAGCAGCAAUGCAAUUUCUUCAGUCGAAGGCACUUUGUAUCAUGCCCAUAUCUCUAGCCUCGGCUAUUUUUCGUAUGCCCCAAUCAGAAUCAUCAACAGUCAUCAAGCCUGAAUCAAACAGUCACUGA